AUGUCCUGCGGAGAGAUACCAGACGGUUUAGCGAAUGCUGAAGAAGCAGAAGCUGUCAUGCCUCGGCGAAGACAGAUUCGAAGAAUCGAUAAAUCAUUAUGUCAAAGAUGUAAAACAGCUAAAUCAAUGUAUCUGAUACGAAAUGUGACAUAUUGCAAAGCAUGUUUUCAACAUAACGUAUUUACAAGAUUUAUGAAAACGUUACAUCCACCUCUGAAACCAUCCACCACAUCCGAUGGUGGUACCAAUGCCAAAUCCAAACAAACUCAAGGAGGGUUAAGACCACCUAAACAGAUCGGAUCCAGUUUGAUUGGAUUAUCAGGUGGUUCAAGUUCUUUAACCAUGUUAGAUCUAUUAAUAUCAAAACAAUACAUAGGUGACGAUAACGACAGGAUAAUAGAUAAAACAAAAGGUGAAAAAGAACCUAUUUGGAAUAAAGGGUUUGUCAUUUAUGUUGAAUUUGACCAUAUUCUCAAUAACCAAUUGCAUGGAUCUACCACCCCUGGGAAUCAAGACGAGUCACUAUUGACUUCGAGAUUGGAAGAAAUUGAAAAUUGGGUAAAAGAGCAAAAUCACAACUUGACUUUUAUUGGAUUGAAUGCGGAAGAUGUGUUUGAUCCGAAUUUGAAGAAACGUAUUAAAGCUCUUGUAGGUAUUCAAGAAGGAAACGAGGAUACCCAAUCGGCCGAAGGAAUUUCUGUCGACCUGAAGAAUCCUGAUCUACCUCUAUUCCCAAUCCCUUCUUCAUCCACAUCCACGACAACUCCACUUGACCAACUUCGAUCUUUACUUGCAUCUUUACCGGCACCUUCUCGACCUUCUCUCCUCUCCAGUAUCCUCACCUCUCUCAUAACCAUCACAUCUCAGACAAUCCCCAAUAUAUCACAUAUAUUACUAGGUGAAACAUCAACUAGACAAGCACAACGUUUGAUUUCCGGCACUGCAUCAGGUAAAGGUUAUACAUUACCAUUAGAACUUGCGGUAUCGUACAAAGCUGAAAAUGCAAUAACGAUUUUGAAACCGAUGAAAGAGAUAACUACGAAAGAAACUGCUAUCUAUUCAUAUCUAAAAGGCUGGAAUGGAUUCAUAAGAAAUGAAAGGAAAUGGGAUAACGCAGGUCCAAAGAGUAAAAAAGAUUCAAGGGGGAAAGGUGAUAUCAAAAGUUUAGAAAGUCUGACUGAGCUGUUCAUCGCUACAUUAGCCGUAACUCACCCUUCAACAGUUUCAACUAUAAAUAGAACAGGUGACAAGUUGAUGUUCACAGGUGAAAAAGGUCAAGAAGUUUCAUGUCCAGUGUGUCAACUGCCAGUCGACCCUCACGCGUUGCAAUGGAAAUCGCGUACAGCGUUAACAUCUCUUCCCACCAAAACCAUCGCGGACAUAUCAUCACCUGAUGACGAGAAGAAUGAGAAAUUGGCAACACUACUUUGUUAUGCUUGUUUAACUACUUUUACACCCCCGACAGUGGUUGCAAAGGCGUUAAGAAGCGAUACAGAACCGGUGCAGCUACCUUACUGGAUCGGAGAGAACGUAAGGCGGAAAGUGGCAAGAGUGGAGAUGAAAGAGGAUAUAAAGGAUUUUUUGAUCGGAGAGGAAUAG